AUGACAAUCGCGACAGCAUUGCCUCGACAACGACGCAGAGCCUGCGACAUGACGGCUGUUCAGGAUUACCAGUACCAACCACUCGCGAACGAUGGCAACACGCGUUUCAUACAGCUGUACCCAGCGGCGCACUUCGAAGAUCCUAUACGCGUGGACAUCGUCGAACGGGCUUAUGAUGCCUCCAAAACCCAAGACCCAGCCAGCUACGAGGCUUUAUCGUAUGCUUGGGGCUCAGAUGAAGAUUCGGCGUACAUCUUCGUUGGGGCGAACUCUCGCUUGCGUGUCCGUCACAAUGUUAUCCAGAUCCUGAGGUACCUGAGGGACGGUAUUACCCCAGGAUGUACUGCCCGAACCCUGUGGAUUGACGCUAUAUGCAUCAACCAAGCGGACGACGAGGAGAAAGGAAAGCAAGUCACUAUGAUGGGGAAUAUCUACGCAUGUGCUACGAGUGUGCUGAUCUGGACUGGAGAACCUGGAUGCGAUCUGCAAGCGCUACAGCGCAGCUUUGAGGGCCAAGAGAAAGAGAAAACGCUUCUAUGGAUAUGGACACCGGCGAACAAUGAGAUACUUCGCUUGAUGCAGUUCUUCGCGACCGGAUGGUUUACGAGGCGCUGGGUAGUCCAAGAGAUUAUGCAUGCCCGCGAAGCCUACAUCAUUACCGGUAGUGACACAAUGCAGUGGCAGCAAUUCCGUGUCUUUGUCAAACAUCUGGAAUCUAUGUUUUCCUACGAAGUAUUGACACCACAUGUUACGGCAAUCCUGCAGCACUUGAGCAAUCUCACUGCACUCAAGCCGAAAAUAUGA